UCCAAGUUUUCACGAUGAAUGUACUCCAGCUUGUACGGGAUCACUGGGUGCACAUACUUGUCCCUGCGGGCUUUGUCUUCGGUUGCUAUCUGGACAGAAAGAAUGACGAGAAGUACACCGCCUUCCGGAACAAGAGUAUGUUGUAUAGAAGGGAAUUGAGGCCCAAUGAAGAAUAUACCUGGAAGUAAAGGCUGUAGCUGAACUACAGUAUGUGCACAAUGAGAACACCGAGAUAAAUUAAAACACAUUCACUAUAAAAUUUGAA